GACUUCAGCAGUACUGGUUUGCGCCUGCCCGGCUCCUCGCAGAGCGCGGCAAUGCGCUGCGUGGCGGCGUUGAAGUCUCUGAAGGCAUCACAGGCAGACACAGUCUUGGACUUCGUUGUCCCGAUCAUCAAUGUCAUCCUGCACGCUCCCUGCAUGGAAGUGCGGAAUGUGCUGUGGGAAUGCUUCGUUUUGGAAGCAGUCCGGGUCGAUGUGUCCUUUGGGCACCUCUUCUUCUGGGCCCUGCGGGCCGUAGAGUCCUCGCCACAGGCGAAGAUCGCCGUGCAAACCGAUGCGCAGCGGCGAAUGCACGCUGUCCAGGGCACUAUUUGCUCGAAGGCCCAGCUGAAGAUCACAAUGCGCCACCUGGAGGAGGCCAAUGCAGCUGUCCGCCGGGGAGAGCGCCUACCGGAGGUCCCGAAAGCAGACCCGAACCGA